GCUAAUUCCCAUGCAGCUUCCGGCGCGCCCACAAGCAGGCUAGCCAGCAACCCAUGCACGUCGCUCGCGCUCCCUCACGGGCCGACUGGGCCUGGAAUUCCCCCUUCGUCAGCUCCAUGCGGACUAUAUCCUCGCGCCUCUGCUUCCGCGCGACUCCACCCGCCUCUUUCGAUUGGAGCAUGCUGAAUGCCCGGGGACGUACGCCGCCCCCGUUCCAUGGCAUGCAGCAGCGCCGCGACGACGACUCUCAUCACUUCUCGUCGCAUUUCGUCGAGCCCGUCGCUCAGCGACACUCGCUUGCCGUUCGCUCUCCCCCAAACCAGCAUCGCCUUGGGACCUCCGAACCCAUCACUUCAACACCCCUCCGAAUGAAAACCAUGGCGCAAACCUUUCCGUCAGUCAGUGGUUGGUUGGGGCCGCAACCCCAGUCGUUGCUUCCGAUGGCGUCCGAAGAGAACCCACGAGAAUUCAUCCCUCUCGUCGAUUCUGGGAGCACCCACCCCACCGCCGAUGCUGCGAUGCGCCACCCGCUCACCUCAAUCGACGCCAGCACACCCAGGCUGGAGCCAGGUUGAAGCGAUGUCAGCCCUCUCUCUCCGCCCGGCAUCAGCCUCGGAUUCUAUGUCAGCCGUCGACCAGCUCGCACAGUCAACAACGUGCGAUACGAUACAAGUCCUCGCCUACUUGAAAGCCAAGCCCUGCCUGACCCCUGCUCCAGCGCUGUGAAUCGUGCGAUCGUAGCAGCUGUCUCUGAAUGAUCGAUUGGAUGUUCGAUCCAGGUGUGCCCAGGUCACUCGCAUGAUCCAGAGCGCAUCUCGCUGCUCCUCCAGCUCGCGUGGUCCGUUCCUUCGGGUAAUCGAUCUGCGUGCGAUUUAGGCACCAGCUUGAAGCUACCACCAAGGUCGUGACGAUGGGUCCAGGCCGCGUGCACUGCCGUGCUCCUGUGGCUCGUGCUGAGAGCCAACGCCACGAAGGAUCUCUGCAUCAGGCGCGUCAGGAGCAUCAAGAGCAGCAGCAGAAACAGCAGCAGCAGCAGCAACAGCAGCAGCAGCAGCAGCAGGAGCAGCAACAGGAGCAGCAGGAGCAGCAGCAAGAGAAGGAGGAGGAGGAGCAUGAUAGUCAGCGUCGACUUGUGGCAUCUGCCGCCUGCCACGCCCUGUGCUGUCUACCCGCGGAGGUGGUUGAGACCAGCAUUGCACCGCACCUCACCGCCUCUGACCUCUGCGCCAUGGCGGCUGUCUGCCGCUGCUGGCGCCGCGCCGCUUCCUCGGAGUCGUUGUGGCAGCAGCGCUGUCUCACCACCUUCCCCUGCCACCCGCCUAUUGCGGCACGCGGGAGGGAAGGAAAAGCGAGAGGGGAGAGAGUGAGGUUGAGUGGUGAAGAAUGGGUGGUGGAAGGAAGGUGGAUGAUCCGAAUCUGGAGAAUGCUUGAGACGCAUAACACACAGGGUGGGUGUGAUCUAGGAGGAAGGUUCAGAAAUCCAUCCAGCUUCCAAACAAGAGAGACAAGGCGGGGUGAGGAGAGCAUGCGGCAUGACGUGCCAUGUGGAAGAGCAGGGAGCGCGGCAUCGAGGGGGGCAGGGGAGUUCGUGACAGUGGCUCUGGCGCACCCUCUGUGCGUGGUGGCGUCUGUGCUGGUCACGCCCGCGCCCCUCUAUGGCUCCUCGGGAGUAAACCACAUGCAGGUGCAAGUGGGUUUCUCCCCCAAUUCCUUCCACUACACCUCCCCCCCUCUCCGCCUCUCCCCCGACUGGCUGCAGCCCCACUCCCUCACCUUGCCACCGGCCGCCCUCGUUGCCGGCUCCCACCUGAGAAUCCACCUGACAGGGCUCUUCCCCCUCACUCCCUGCGGGCAGCACGAAGGUGAUGCAGAGGGGGAGGGUGUGGAAGAGGGGGAAGAAGGGGAAGAGGGCGAGGAUGGGGAGGGGGGGGGGCAGUUUGUGUGCUUGGAGAGAGUGGAGGUGUUUGGGGUUCCUGUUGGGGGCUCGUAUGGCGGCACAGAGGCUGUAGCGCGCAUGGGCAGCUGCACGCAUGCCAGGAAGGAGGUUCAAAAAGCGUCGUCAGAGGACGAUCAGGGCAUGCCAGGAUCACCCGUUUCAACAUCCGCGUUUUCAUCGUCACCAUCAACAUCAUCAUCAUCAUCAGCAGCAGCAGCAGCAGCAGCAGCAGCAGCAGCAGCAGCAGCAGCGGCACCAAUGAGUGCGGUUGACCAGGUGGAGAGGGCGUUGGUGCUGGCAGCAUUGCAGCAGGAACCAUCGUUCCAUGGCACCAUGGCACGAUGGCUCAGACCCCAUGCAGGGGAGCAACUGGACGCUGCUGAGGUCAUCAUGGCCCUCAGAAGGCAGCAGGUGCGGCGUAGCAGCAGCAUGUGGGGUAGCAGCAAGGGGCCUUGCUAUGAGUGCACCGCCAUCGGGGCACCACUGCCCCACAGCAUCUCCUGCCCGUGCGGCCGUGCCCGAGUGCAAGGGAACCAUUUUUCCGUGCCUGUGUGUGGAGCCUUUUGAACCUGUUGAGGGUGGCAUUUCAAGGUGCCGUGCAAUGUUGUACUUGAAGUGCAAGACUGGGGAGCCAGGGAGGGAGGGGCACGGCCGCACGGCAUAGCAACUUGCCGUGACCUGUUACUCCAUUGCACUGGAGGCUAUUACUGUUGGAAUUAUGGGAAUAUCUAGGUUGCUCGAAUAAACACACAUAUAGCUGAUUGACUAGAAGUCUGGUAGUGUAGAGUAAUUUGGUUGGAUGGGUUGGGAAUGUUUCUAGAGGGUAAACUCCCAGAUCCUUUAGGACUGUUUGUGACUUAGUUGAAACUCACUUCUUAGAUUCGGUUGAC